AUGUCUGCCAACGCUGCCGACAGCAACCCCCCUACCACUUCUGGCGAUAGCUCGUCCAGUGGAACCACGCCAGCUCCGUCCACGGCCACCACCGCGACGACGGCGACGACGGCAUCAACCCAGACCACUGCGACUACGCCAGCCACGCCAUCCACCACUGCCGCUGCCACUGCCGCCACCAGCUCUUCCGCCGAUGAGUCGCUCGUCUGCCGCUGGGGCAACUGCAAUGAGCGCUUCACUGCCGCCGAGCCGCUCUAUGAGCACAUUUGCGAGCGCCAUGUUGGUCGCAAGAGCACCAACAACCUGAAUCUCACCUGUCAAUGGAACUCUUGCAGAACCACGACCGUCAAGCGGGAUCACAUUACUUCCCACAUUCGUGUGCAUGUUCCUCUCAAGCCGCACAAGUGCGACUUUUGUGGCAAGUCGUUCAAGCGACCUCAGGAUCUGAAGAAGCACGUCAAGACUCAUGCUGACGACUCCGUCCUUGUCCGGUCACCUGACCAGCACGCCGCCAUGGGCGGUGGCUACAGGACUCAAUCCAAGGCACCUUCGAGCUACUAUGACCACAAUGGCCACAUGCGUACAAAUGCCGCGCCUUUUGGUCAACCACACCCUGGUGGCCACCCAAGUGGCUACUACCAGCACCAGCCUGCAUCCUUUGGCAGUCCCAUGUACUACCAGCCUCUGGGCAACCGCGGCGACCACAUUGGUUACAGCGCUGCCGCUGCCGAGUUUGACCACCGCAAGCGCACCUUUGAUGUUCUCAAUGACUUCUUUGGAGAUGUCAAACGCCGCGGCUUGGAUCCUGCCUCAUACCACCAGGUCGGACAGAGGUUGAUGCCACUACAUGGAUUCGCCAACCCUGAGUAUUUGCCAGCACCUGCUGUUGCUGUCGGUGGUGGCGGCGGCAACGCUGGUGACCCCUAUGCUCAGCACUACAGCCUGCCUCCUAUGCCUAGCGUCCGCACCAAGAGCGACUUGAUUCAGAUUGAUCAGAUCCUGGAACAAAUGCAGAGCACCGUUUAUGAAAACUCCAACACGGCCGCUGCCGCAGGUGUCCACCAGGCCGGAUCUCACUACGUGCCUCUUGGAUACCGACAGAGUCAGGCACCGGCCCACACCAGUGCUGCAUCGCAGUCCACUCUACCAGCAUAUUCGCAUGCUCACGAUGCGGCAUCACCUCUGACUGCCGUAUCCUCGACCCACUCGAAUGGCACGCCCGCAGUGACGCCGCCCAGCAGUAGCAUGUCUUACACUUCUGGUCACUCGCCCAGCGCUUCGUCUUCUGGUCUUAGUCCCAUUUCUCGACACAGCUCAACCGCCUCUGCCCUGUAUCCUACAUUGCCUGCUGUCACUUCUGGUUAUCCCGGACAGUCUGCAACCUCGACUCUGGGUCCCACCUUUGAUCCCGACCCUCGUCGUCGCUACUCUGGUGGAAUGCUGCAACGCGCCAACCCUGCUCAACGGUCGAUACCCGAGGAUCGCGAGACUACUCCUAAAGCUACAGAGUCGGUUGUCAGCUCCCCUUCUGCAGAGUCUGAAUCCAGCGGUGAUGACUCUCCAUAUGAGGCCUGGUUGGAGAAUGUUCGCGUAAUCGAGUAUCUCCGCGAGUACGUCAUUGAUCGUCUCAAGCGCAGGGAUUACGAUGCAGACUCUCCUGCUUCAUCAGACUCGAUGGAAGUGGACUCGCCGCCACGGCAGCCUGCGUACCCUUCGCUUCCUCUGGAAGUUUGA